AUAACAGGCUUUAGAACACAAAACAUAACCUUGUUACGCAAAUAGAGAAUCAAACUUAAUCAUUUCAAGUUUAUUUUAUUAAUAAAGUACAAGAUAAGGAAUUAGAUUAAAAUUUAGAUCACCAUUUAGAUCAAUAUUUUGUAUAUUUUCACCUUUAAAAUAAAAUGAGCACUGACCCAGUUCCCAAUGAGAGUUCAAGUGAUGAUGAUAGUGUUGAAGAUGAGACUGAUGAUGGUGUUUUAAGAGAAAAACGUGAAAUUGCUUGGUGUGGCGUUGAAGACGAUGAAAAUAAUCCAACCCCCAGUUCAUCAUCAAACCAUUUUAACGAGUCAACAAAGAAAGUUAAACUUUCCUUUUAUGGAAAUCCCAAUUUUGGAAAUCGCAUGCAAUUGUAUUCAAGAACAAAACAUUUUUUAGCUAUUUACCCUGAUGGAACUGUACGAGGAACUCAAGAUCAAAACGAUUUACACACUUAUUUGGAAUUAAAAAACGCUGGGCCGGUUGGUUACGUAAGAAUCUUUGGAUUAUUAACGAAUCUUUACUUAGCAAUGGACAAAAACGGGCGCUUGUAUGGUGAAAAUAAUAUGUGGAUUGAAGGAACGGUUUUUGUUGAAUCUUUAAAUAGUCGACAGUACAAAGUUUAUUGCUCCAGCCUUUAUUCGAAUUGGUAUAUAGGGAUUAAAAGGUCGGGGAAGUUCAAAAAGGGCCCUCAAACGGGGGCACAUCAAAAAGCAACUGAAUUCUUAUCGGUUAGAGAUAAAUUUCAGUAGAUUUGUUAUGUUACAAAUGUUUAUUAGUAUUAUUUUUUAUACUAACUUCAAUUUUAAUGCAAAGUAUUA